GUCAAUUCAAUUGGAUUGUGAAUCAUUUGUUUGGAGUGUACGGCAACACCGAAUAUAGGUAUCCUCGUAGCAUGAUAUAAGAAACACAGAUGGAGAAAACAGAGCAUGGAGGAGUUGAAGCAAAGCAGAGCAGAACCAAUGGCCCAACAUACAUUGGGUUUGAAGCACAUUAAGGUAAAAAGAGAUGAUUUUCAUGAAGAAGAUGAGGAACCCUUGUCUCCUUAUGGAGCCAUAUUUUGUAAUCCUUUGUUGGAUGCUUACAUCUUGAUUAUAAUGGGCUUAAAUAAUCCAGUUCAUGUGCCCUCCAUGAAAACAGCUCUGCAAUCGGUUCUCAGCAAACAUAAGCGGUUUUCUGGCACAGUGACAGAAUCUGAUUGGGGGAAUCGAAAAUGGGUGAGGAAGGAAUUCGAUAUAGAUGAGCACAUCAAAGUAGUAGAGUUGAAUGAACAUUAUAGAGAGAGUGCUGAUUUUGUGGAGAAGUUUACAGCCUCCCUGGCCACCGCUUCACCUCCUGAGCCUUCCAUUCCUCUAUGGCAAAUCUAUGUAUUGAAUUACAGAUCAGCAGAGGCAGAAGCCAGUGUAGUUUUCAAAAUCCAUCACUGUAUAGGAGAUUGUGUGUCUCUUAUGUCUCUCUUUUUGGAUUGCACCAGACAAAGCUCAUGUCCGGAGUCCAUGCCCACCAUACGAUCUCUGCAGAAAGGAAACAACAGUUCUCCAUGGACCUUGACUGCCACUCUGCAAAAAAUGUGGACUGUGCUAGUUUCUUUGUGGUGUAGUGCGUUGACUUUGGUACAUGCUUUUGCAACUCUCCUGUGGCUUAAAGAUGGCAGAAUGGUUAGAGGACGCCAAAAGCUAUCCUCUCAUCCCAGGCGUCUUGCUCAUGUUACUGUGGAUCUUGAGGACAUUGCUAUUGUCAAGAAGGCUAUUAAUGGGACAGUGAAUGAUGUUGUCACUGGAAUGCUUUCAGCUGGAUUAGUGAGAUAUUUCAAGCGCUUACGUUCCAAAGAUGGAGCACGUUCCACAACUCCACGGAUUCGAGCACUUGUUCCAGUGAAUAUCAGAUCAUCAGGAGGACUACAUAAGAUGGAAGAGAUGAUGAGUGGUAACAAAGCGAGGUGGGGCAAUGCAUUUGGCAUGUGGAUUCUCCCCAUUGAGGUAAAGCAGCAACAACAAUAUCUCGAGUAUUGCAGGCUGGCGAAGGAUCAGUCUGAUAUGAAGAAGGCAUCUUUCGAAGCGCCAUUCACCCACUCCUUUGUAGACAUGUUGCUUCGCCUCUUUGGAUGGCAGGCACCUGCUGCCGUCACAUUGAGAAUGUUGUAUAACACUACGCUUGUGUUUUCAAAUGUAUUAGGUCCGCUCGAACAAGUUCAGUUCCUCGACAAUCCAGUUUCUCACAUAGUUACUACAGUCUCUGGUCUGCCCCAGGGAUUAGUUGUGCAUUUCCAGAGCUAUGCAGAAAAAGCAAAGUUCAUAGCAAUGGCUGCAGAUAACAUUUUUUCAGAGCCUGAUAAACUGUGCAUGGAUUGUGCUUAUGCUCUCUCUCAAAUGAAAAAGGAGGCUCUUCUUCUAAAUGACAAUACUAGCAAUAACUGAUGUACCAUCAUCAAAUACUAAAUAGUGUUGAGUUCAAAUCUUCUUCAUUAAGAAAAUAUUCAAGUACAAUCUGUUGUCCUACAAGUGUGCGAAUCUGAUUCAAUGCCAUGUAAAACAAAUUGUUAAAUUAAGUAAAUUCUACCUAUGUAUUU